AUGUUUUCCAAAACCUGUUUUGGACAUUUCCUUAACCUUCCUGAUUUUAAAGUUCAACCCCAAGUGUUUCAUGGGUUGUUGCUCCGAGAGGUUCAGCAACCUAAUGAUGCUGAGUUGUGGGUAAUGAUACGCGGUGUUAGGCUUAGGUUUAGCAUUGAGGAGUUUGCUUUGAUUACUGGGUUAGACUGUGAAUGUGACUGUAGUGUUUUAGAUUUUAAGCAAGACGUUAAUAGUCUUUGUGAAAAAUAUUGGCCAACUUCGUCCUCUAUCACUAAGGAAUCUGUUAGGGAAUGUUUUACCACCAAGAGGUGGGGUGAUUCUGAUGAGGAUGCUGUGAAGUUGGCAGUUUUGUAUUUUGUGGAGUGGUUCUUGCUUAGUGGAACAUUAAUAGACAUAGAGAAAGAUGAUGAUGACAGUUUCAAAUAUGCAUUUGUUGCAUUGAAUGCUGCUAUAAAAGGUUGGCCAAACUGCAAACCAAUCAUCGUGGUAGACGGUACAUUCCUAAAGGCCGCGUAUGGAGGCACGUUGCUCACUGCCAACACACAAGAUGCAGAAUCGAAAAUUUUUCCACUAGCAUACUGCAUAGUUGAUUCUGAGAACGAUAAAUCGUGGGAGUGGUUCUUAAAAAAAAUAAAAGAAGCAUUCGGGGUUCGAGAAUGUCAAUGCCUAAUAUCAGACAGACAUGAAAGCAUCAUCAAAGCAACUAGGAAAGUGUUCCCUGAAAUAACACAUGGCUACUGCAUCUUCCACCUCUUGUCGAACCUCAAAACAAAAUUAAAAAAAAAUGCAAAUCAUUUCAGAGUGCCAUUCUUUGCAGCUGCAAAAGCUUACACAGAAAUGGAGUUUGAAUUCCAUAUGAGGGAGCUAGACAACUUGGAUAAGCGCAUAAGACCGUACCUGGAGAAAAUUGGCCAUGAAAAAUGGUCAAGGUAUCAUUCAGAAAACAACAGGUACUCUACCAUGACAUCAAACAUAGCUGAGGCACUGAACUCAGCAAAUUUAGCAGCAAGGGAAACACCAGUGACAACAUUAAUGGAGUGCUUGAGGGCACAAAUGCAAGAGUGGACAUACAAUAAUAGAAAUGAGGCACAAAAAUGCACAACAAGGCUGACACCAUCAUCUGAGAAAAAACUCAUAGGGAACUAUGUACAGUCAUUGCGACUAACAGUGAAACCAGCAAACCAGAACCUGCUUGAGGUGAUAGAUGAAGACAGAACAAGAAUAGUAAACUUGAAGGAGAAGACGUGCACAUGCAAUAGAUUUCAAAAAGAUGAAAUGCCAUGUAACCAUGCAGUCGCCGUCAUGAAGGACUUGAACAUAAACACAUACAACUACUGUGCACAAUACUACACAUCAAAAGCAUGGCUGCAAACAUAUGAAGAAACAGUAUACCCAGUUGGAAACGUAAGAGAAUGGGAACUUCCAGAAUUUUUUGAAGAAAUCAUAGUGUUGCCUCCAAAGGAGAGAAUCAAGUCUGGAAGGCCGAGGAAAAGAAGAACGGCAGCAGCUUGGGAAACAAAGAAACAAAACAAGUGUGGCAAGUGUGGACAAAAGGGACAUAACAAAAAGACCUGCAGAAGAAUUACAGCAUAG